AUGCCCUCCCCUGCCUACAUCGACCCUGAAUACCAAUCAACACACCAGACCCUCUUCAAAGAUUCAAUCACGACACCACUGAAAUCGGUGCUUCCGCCUGGAGUUACGCAGAGUGACUUCGAUGUUGCGCUUCGAAAGUACAAAGAGAUCGUAGGUGAUGAUCAGGUACUUUUAGGCGAUGGGUUGACGGAAUACAUUGAUCCGUAUGAGCUGCAUGAGGCGGAGGGACACCGCAAAAUGCCGAGUGCGGGCGUCCGACCAAAGAAUAUAGAAGAAUUGGGGGAGGUUCUGAAAAUCUCGAACGCGUUUAGUAUACCGGUGUGGACGUUCUCGAGAGGGAAGAACCUUGGCUACGGUGGGCCAGCGCCUCGUGUCAACGGGUCAAUAGCUCUUGACCUACACCGUAUGAAUAAGAUCAUUGAGGUCAAUGCCGAAUAUGCGUACGCAGUCGUGGAGCCUGGCGUCACCUUCACCGAGCUAUACGACUAUUGCGUCAAGAACAAGCUCAAGGUCUGGCCUUCCGUGCCAUCUCUUGGUUGGGGUUCGGUAGUUGGCAAUACUCUGGAUCGCGGUACCGGCUUCACUCCAACAGCCACUCAUCACCAACACAUCUCCGGGCUGGAAGUCAUACUUGCAAACGGUGAUCUAGUACGCACAGGACAAUUCGCAAUCUCCGACUCGCCAUCUGCGCACCUAUCUAAGUUCAGCUUUGGUCCCAGUAUCGAAGGCCUCUUUCUGCAAUCAAAUCUCGGCAUCGUGACGAAGAUGGGGAUCUGGCUCACGCCCGCACCUCAAGCGUACAUGUCUUGCACCUUCGACAUGCCCGACCUUGAUGAUGUGGAGACUAUCGUCGACGUUUUUGGUCCGCUACGACGCGACGGACUUCUUCCAAAUAUUGUAUACGUUUCCAACGUAGUCGAAUGGCUGGGUAUGAUGGGUCGCCGAGAAGACUUCUGGCCCCACUCCAGCCCGAUACCAGACUGGAAAGUCAAGGAACUCCAGAAGCAGCUUGACCUGGGAUAUUGGAAUGCAAAGUUUGGUCUCUAUGGCGCAAAGGAUGUCAUACAGGCGCACUUUGACGAGCUGAAGAAGAUCGUGUCCAAGAAAGCACCGAAAGGCCGGCUCACAGGAAAGAUCUUCUCUGCUCCGGACGGUGAGAUACUGGACCCAACUUCUGUCCCCGAGAUGGACGGCGGCUUUUUUGUCGGCAUUCCUACCCUGUGGUCUCUCCCAAUGGUCAAGUUUCGACUACCGAAGAAGGGUGGUAUCGGAGCACAUUACGACUAUAGUCCCCUCAUACCAAGCAACGGAAAAGAGAUCCUAGCAUGGAUCAAAACGUCGAAGAAGAUAUGCGAAGCUGAGUCCUUCGACCUUUUCUGCGACUUCUUCAUGCACGAGCGCCAUGUCAUCUUUGUCAAUAUGUUCACGUUCGACAAGACGAACUUAGUGCACCGAAAUACUGUGCAGACUAUCUUCAACAACCUGUUCGAGGAGGGAAAGAAGAGGGGAUAUAGCAAGUACCGAAGUCAUGUUAACACUAUGGACCGCGUUGCGUCGCUGUACGACUUCAAUGAUCACGCAUACCGUCGCUUCGUGGAGACCAUCAAAGAUGCGCUCGACCCGAAUGGGAUCCUUUCGCCGGGGAAGCAGGGCAUAUGGCCGAAGCGUUUCCGUGAGAACGAGCAACUGAAAGCUCAUUUGUGA